AUGAGGAAAACAUCGUCCCGUUUAAGAGGUGAAAAGGACCGUAUUGCCACUGGAGACAGAAGAGUAAAGAGACUCUGUAGAAGAAGCGCAACAAGUCUCUCAUCAUCUUCGUCGUCUCCUAUUUUUGCAAUCCUCUCGAUUUCGCUAAGGAAGAGGAAUUGGUUUUUGGUGAGACUGAUCGAUCUAGGAAAAAUGGGAGGAGGAGAGCAUGGGCAUGGAGGAGAAGGAGGCGAUUUCAGAGCCAAAGUAUGGAGUAUGUCAGGUGGGCCUUACUGUAGGCCCAAACAUUGGCGUCGGAACACCGCCAUGGCUAUGUUUGGCAUCUUCCUUGUCUGCAUCCCCAUCGCCAUGAAGUCUGCCGAGCUCGAGCAAAGGCCACACAUGCCUGUACGCCCAAUUCCGUCACAGAUGUGGUGCAAGAACUUUGGAACCAAGGACGAUUACGAAAAGGAGCAUUAA